UUUAUGCGCUAGUAGUGAAGGAAGAGCAAAAUGGCGGAACUCGAAGACGUUACCUUGGAUGGAAAACCACUUAAUUCCCUUCGUGUGGCAGAUUUGAAAACGGCAUUGGAAAAAAGAGGUCUACCAAAAAGCGGUCAGAAAAAUGCACUUGUCAAGCGACUUAAGGGGGCUCUCAUGUUGGAGAACCUACAGAAGACAUCUACCCCUCAUAUUGGGCUGCAGCCUAACUCUCAGAUUGGUGCGGAGAUGAGUCAGAACAGUUUCAUACAACAGUAUCUGGCAAAGCAACAGGAACUACUUCGACAGAGACUAGAGAGGGAGGCCAAUGAUGCUGUUGACAAAGAAGCAGGCAUGGACAGCCUUGCAGGUGGUGAGGAUGAGGACAACACUGAGGCCAAUGACAACUCCUCCUAUCGACCGGAGCAUAGUGUCAUACCCUCCCGGCCCUCACUAAUUGAGCCACAGGAGGUGAGAGGACAGGACCAAGAUGGUCCACCGCGUGCUGUGGCGUCCCUCUCUGUCCGUGUGGUGGGCGAACCAGAACGCCAAGCCCCAGCCGGGCACAUGUCCCAGCUCCAGGAGAGCCAGAGCACACCCUACGCUGCCGCUGGGUCCGCCCCAUCAGUGCUCCAGCACAGUCGCUUUGCUCAGCAAGCGGUCAGCCAGUCUGUGAAGGAGGACAGUGAUGACGAUGACGACGACGACGAGAGUGAGGAAGAGGAGGAGUGGGGACCUGCGGCUGGGAAGAGGGGCGGCGGUCGGAAAGCUGCUGCCACGGCGGCGGCGGCGGUGGCAGCGCAGUUCCUCCCCACCCCGCAGAGGUCCCGGCGUAAGCUCCAGCCACCACAGCAUAUUCCCCCUCAACCCGCGAUUCAGCCUCCCCUUCAGCUUCGCCAGCCCACCCCUCCGCCCUCGCCUCCUCUCGAGCUGUCCUUCCCCCUGCCAGACACCCCCAAGCAGAGUCCACCCGACCUGAACCAAGCAGCCGUGGCUGUGGCCGAGGGUCCACCUGCCGGCCUCCAGAGGCAAGACUCCAGCUCCAGCUCUCGCUCCAGCAGCCCCGAACCCCCUGCCAAACUUGGCCGUGGACCCCUCAGCCUGCUGGUCCGCAAGAUGGAGUCAGAGGGGUUCGAGGGGGCGUUCGAGGAGGAAAGUGCAGCGGCAGCAGCGGCAGCAGCGGCAGCAGCGGCGGCGGCCGGUCAGAAGGAAGGAGCACCUGCCGCUGCUCCGGGUCCAGUGAUGUUCCAUGGAGAUGCUCACAGCAGUGGAGAUAAGAUGGUUUCUCCUGGUGCCCAACCUGUCUCCCUCCCCCAUGGAUUAGACGCUGUACCCACCAUCACCUUCAGCUCUGGGGCUCCAAAAAGAGGUGUUAUUACCACUCUGGCUAAUAUGGAGACCGAACACGUGCAAGGUCCAUCUGAAGACGAGAAGAGGAAGGAUGAAGAAGCAGCCAAAGCAGACAAAGACAAACUGGAAGACUCUCACGGACAGCAGACCUCCUUGACGACCUUCCAGCCUCUCUUUGAUGCUUCUCUCCCCACCUCCCCUCCUGGUACCACUGCAUCUUCUCCUCCCCCCUCUGCGACCAAGAGACGCACCUUCUCGGAUGUCCCCCCACCAAAGGCUCUCUUGUCGCCCACCAAAUCAGAGCCCACGUGCUCCGACACGUCAGCCAGUCCUCAGCCCCCAGCUGCCCACAGGGGCAGCAUCCUCUUCACCGGCAGCCACCAGCAAACUGCCCAACCACCUGUCACUGAGAGCACAGCAGACACCGAGAUGCCCAAACAAGCGGGCAGACGACAGCCAUCAGAGGGCACUGCCCAGGCUGCGUCUCUCUUGCCUCCCUCACCCCCACCAGAUGACACUGAGGCUGAAAGGAAAGGCCGUGGAAAGGAGCAGGGUAGCAAGCGUCGAUCUUCUGCUUCCAGUGACUCCUCAUCCUCCGACUCGGACUCCUCUGGGUCCUCCGACUCCGAGGAUAAGUCCUCUUCCGUGAGCCAGAAAAAGGGAAAGCAAGACCAGCGAAGAUCUGAUGGCAAAGGCGAUGGAAGUGAACACACUCACAGGGAGGUGAAAGAGUCUGCCCUCUCCGAGUCAGCAGAUCCGGCUGCCAUGGAGACGAUGGAGGGGGUUCUUGAUCGGCCGGGCCCCCAGGGUCAGACAGACACUCGGGCUGAGCCAGAACCUAAUGAGGAGUUCUCAGACAAGAGCGCCUCAGCGAAAGGGAUUCCAACGCGAAAGAUCUCUCUGAGUACCAGUAAGUCUCCAGGUGGUGCAGAAAGUGGUUCUGCGGAGACCGAGUCGCCAGGUGGGGCGAGCCGAAAGAGGAGAUGGGGCUCAAUCACGUCCGUCACGGCCAAGAAACCGUCAAUCAGCAUCACCACUGACUCCCUCAAGUCCCUGAUACCGGACAUCAAGACCUCGGAGGAGGCUGUGGUGGAGCUGCACCCAGAAGAUGUAUGUCUCUCAGGUGAGGACGAGAGUGCUGAACGCCAGGACAGAGAGCCUGACAGGGACUUGAAAAUCCGGCGCACCGUUACACAGGUGGUCCCUUCAGAGGACCAGGAGAAUGGACAGAUAGAGCUAGAUGAGGAGGAAGAGGAGGAAGCCAAGGAGAAUGGGGAAACGAGCCCGUCUAGACGACGGGGUGACAUUUCAUUGGACACCAUGGAGAAGCAUGGUGGCUUUUUAAACCAAGAUGCAGAAGCCAAGAAAGUGACUCCCAGCGACUCUGUGACUCGACGCUCCUUCAGCCAGCAGAAGUCCGGUGUGUCCAUCACCAUCGACGACCCUGUCCAAGUCAGCAAACAGCCGUCACCACCACGCGGCAAGAUUUCCAAGAUAGUCCACGUCCGAAACCUGGUGCGCCCAUUCACCCUCGGGCAGCUGAAAGAACUGCUCGGCCGCACGGGCACUAUGGUGGAGGAGGGCUUUUGGAUCGACAAGAUUAAAUCCCACUGUUUUGUCACUUAUUCGACCACAGAGGAAGCGGUUGCAACACGUGCUGCCCUUCAUGGUGUGAAGUGGCCCCUCAGUAACCCCAAAGUGCUCAAUGUGGACUUCUGUGAGCAGGACGAGUUGGACUUCCAUAAGGGUCUGAAGCCAGACUGGACUCCUGAGGGCAGUGGUCAGCAGCAGGCUCCCGGACCUGGAGCUGGUGUCCGCGCCACCGGGCCGCCCCCGCUCAUGGGCAACCUGGAACGCGGCCAGGCGGGCACGGGCAACGUGCGCGACCAGUGGGCCGAGCGUGAGCGCGAGAUGCAGCGGCGGGAGCGGACGCGUUCUGAGCGCGAGUGGGACCGCGACAAAGUGCGGGAGUUCGGCAAAGUGGGAGAGGAACGAGACGGCAGGCGAUCGCGUUCUCGUGAGCGCCGCCGGAGAGAGAGGGGAAAGAGCCAGGAGAGGAAGACUGAGAAAAAGGAAGAGGAGAAGAAGGCAGCAGAGGAACCUCCUGCCAAACUGCUGGAUGAUCUGUUCCGCAAAACCAAAGCGGCACCCUGCAUAUACUGGCUCCCUCUCUCGGAUGAACAGUCCGUGCAGAGGGAUCAACAGCGUGUUGAGCGCAGGAAGGAACGAGAGAGGAGGCAGAAAGAGAUGGAGGAGGAAGAGAAGAAGCAACAGGAGGAGAAGAAGGACCGGGGGACCCAGGGCCGAAACAGAGAUGGAGGAGGAGGAGGCCCUGGAGGAGGAGGAGGAGGAGGAGGAGGAGGAGCGGCAGCUACAGCUUCAACCACCACCGGUGCCACCGCCAGCCGGCCAGGAGAGCGGGACCGCCCGCGAGAUAAGGAGAGGGAACGGGAUCGGGAAAGGGAGCGUGAGCGAGAUCCCGAGCGUGACCGAGGUCGAGAUGGUCGAGAUGGCCGGGACAGCGACCGGAGGAGGGAUUCCUACCGGAGCCAAGGAGCAGAGCCCAGGCGGUCCGGGGGCGCCGGGGCAAGUCGCCGUUCUCGCAGCCGCAGCAACCCCUUCAGAGACAGACGGCACUGAGCUUUCAGAGAGUGUGUGUGUGUGUGUGUGUGUGUGUGUGUUUGUACAGACAUGCACGCCUGCCUGUGUGUGUGUGUGUGUAAUAGUGGGGAAAACACUGUCCCCAGACACUGAAGAAAAUACUUACUGUAUCCCAGUUCCCCUUUCCCACCCUUCCAUCCCAGUUACACACUGUCGCCCACUCUCUCUUUGUUAGUAUAUACUUUCACUCGUUGAAGGUUUGUGUCCCCAUCUACUUGCUUAACUAAUGCCCAUCCUCAGGAACCGCCUGCCCUCUUCUCAAAGGGCUCGUCCUGUCACAGUUCUACCAGUGAAGGUCUUAGAGGGCCCCCCUCCCCCUUUUCUUUUUUAAUUAUGUUGCUGUAUGGAAUGUUUUGGCUUGAUGCUGUGUGUAUGUAUUGGUUGUUUAACCCCCACCACCACAAUUCUUCCUUUUAUGUAUUUAAAGAGCACUGGGGUUGUGAUUAAAAUAUUAUAAAAGCAGUUUGGAGGUUUGGGAUGGGGUCGGGAAGGGAAGGUUCAGGAGCCACAAGGGAGUGACGGUUCAGUGCUGCACUAGUUUUCUUUUUUCACCCGUCACCUCUUAUUUCUUUCUUUUUUUUUUUUUUUUUUUUUUUUUUUUGAUAUGUCCCAAAACAUCCUGGCUGAUCAAAAGCCUGCAUCUCUCAAAGACUACAUGAGACCUUCAUAGUCUUAAUUUCUCUAAUUUUCCUCAUCGACCCUUUCUUUCCUUUCCUGUGAAACUGUGGAUGCGUGACCUGCAAUUUUGUCUUUGUAAAUCAGACAAGGGAUGAAUUUUAAAUCAGAAAUGAACCUUUAUAGAAAGAGAAUUAAUGCUUUAAUAAUAUGCUUAUUUUAAAGUUUUACUUUUAGUUUGAGAAGUUUGAAGAAUCAUAUUUGCAUUUUUGAUUUAUUUUCCUCCUGUAAGUGUUGGAUGUAAAAAGAAUAAAAAAGGAGUAUGAUGUUUUAGUUUUAAACAGAAAACGUUUCAUUUCGCAUUCAUAAAAACAAAUCCCAGAGGGGCAGACCAAGCAGCCUGAAGAAAGGUAGGUCACUGGAGAUGUCUUGUAUAAUUGUAUGUAACUAAAUGUAUUGUGGGUGUGUAACAGAGCACAAAACCCAUUGAUGUUGGAUGAAAAAUGUUAAUAAGUAAAAUCUUAUUUAAUAGAUGGGAUAUGAUAUAAAUUGAAACAAUAGACUGCAAUAACAUUACAAGAUUAAUACCAGCAUUUUGGUUGUAUUUCAUGACAUCUGAUGUUCUCAGAUCAUUUUUUCCUUUGGAGUACUUGUGCUGCAGUUGAGCUGCCAAAAAAAGUUUUGAA